UCUUCGCCCAGCUGCACUGGUGAUUCUUAUAGGCAUUUACUACCAUUUUCCACAAGAAUAACAUGACAAUACAAAAGGCAUUUUGUGGACGGAUUUAAGGCCAGCGAUUGAAAGGCUAAUUUCAGAACAAUGGCGAUAUCAGGCAUCAAAGGGCAAUGGCUGGACGGGUGGCUUUUCUUUUGUCUGGGACUAUUCAUUGUGCUUAAAUUAGAGGGAAUCUCUGCUCAAAUUCGGUAUUCCAUUCAGGAAGAAUUAAAGUCGGGGACGGCAGUGGGAAAUGUGGCUAAAGACCUCGGGUUAGAUCUCGGAAGAUUGGCAGAAAGAAACCUCCGUGUCGUGUCGGGAACAAAGCAGGAUAUGUUUACUGUAAAUGCCAGAGAUGGAGUUUUGUUGGUGAACCAGAGAGUGGACAGAGAGGAGAUUUGUGCAAACACUGUUCCAUGUAUCAUUACUCUAAAGGCAGUUGUGGAAAAUCCGCUGGAGAUGCACCAAAUUACAAUUGAAAUACUCGAUGUAAACGACAAUUCGCCGAAAUUUCCUGAACACAAUUACACAUUAGAGGUGCUGGAGUCCGCCGUGGUUGGAUCUCGUUUUCAAAUGGAAGGAGCCCUCGACUUGGAUGUUGGUUUGAAUUCCUUACAGUCUUAUAAACUAAACAAUAACCAGUAUUUUCGAAUGGAAACGGAGGAAUCUGGGGAGGAUGGGAAAGUUCCAUUCCUGAUUUUACAGCGAGCUUUGGAUAGAGAACAGACUGCGCAACACUGGUUAUUAUUAACAGCUUCAGAUGGAGGAAAACCAUCCAAAUCAGGUGCAAUUAAUAUCACUGUUACUGUAUCGGAUGUAAACGACAACUCACCAGUGUGUGAUAAACAGAAAUAUGCAAUAACGAUAAAGGAAAAUGCACCAGCCGGGACAUUUCUGCUGAAAGUAAAUGCAUUUGACUCGGAUGAGGGAGUGAAUGGUGAGAUCGAAUAUUCUUUAAGAGGUAAACUUAGAGGACUGUCCUCUGAUCUGUUUGAGCUGGACAGUACAACUGGUAAAUUAACAGUGAAAGAAGGCCUUGAUUACGAGGAAAAACAAGUCUAUGAGAUUAAGGUACUGGCUGCGGACAAAGGCGCCGUGCCUCUUUCCACGCACUGCAACGUGGUUGUUAGAAUAGAAGACGUGAAUGAUAACCAACCAGAAAUUGAGAUUACAUCCCUUUCAAGUCACAUUCCAGAAAAUGCACCUCUCGGCACGGUGGUGGCGUUAAUGGGCGUGACGGACCUUGACUCGGGUGUGAAUGGUCAGGUGGUGUGCAGUGUUCCUGCUCACUUACCUUUUGACUUAAAGCCAUCUCUUGAUGGACAUUCAUACUCGUUAGUCACCAAGGACUACUUAGACAAGGAAACGACACAUAUGUAUGAUAUUACAAUAACGGCUAAAGAUUUAGGGAGUCCCGCACUGUCAUCUACAAAAGUUAUACAGGUAAAUGUGUUAGACGUUAAUGACAAUCGCCCGUUGUUCACCGAAAGCCCGUAUACUUUUUAUGUCCCUGAAAAUAACAAGGCCGGUAUGUCAGUUUUUUCACUGAGCGCGACUGAUGCUGAUGGGGGAGACAAUGCAGUAGUCAAGUAUUCAAUGGACCGAAACAGUCCAGGCUCAACUGAGAUAUCAUUUUUGAAUAUAAACGAAGACAAUGGGACUAUUUAUGCAUUAAAGAGUUUCGACUUUGAAACAUUGAAAACGUUCCAGUUCCACGUUGUUGCGUCAGAUUCUGGAACUCCGUCACUGAGCAGCAACGUCACUGUGAACGUGUUCAUUCUGGAUCAGAACGACAACGCUCCAGUCAUCCUGUAUCCAGUCAGCUCCAACGGUUCUGCUGAAGGAGUGGAGGAGAUUCCCCGUAAUGUGAACGCAGGAUACGUGGUGACUAAAGUCAGAGCCUAUGACGCUGAUAUAGGAUAUAACAGCUGGUUACUGUUUUCACUGCAGGAAGUCACUGAGCACAGUCUCUUUACUUUGGACCGCUAUACAGGACAGAUCAAAACACUUCGUCCAUUCACAGAGACAGACGAGGCUGAGCAUAAACUGGUCAUACUGGUCAAAGACAAUGGGAACGUUUCCCUCUCAGCAACAGCUACUGUCAUUGUCAAAGUGGUGGAGCCCAAAGAAGCUUUUGCAGCUUCUGAUGUUAAAAGUUCAACAAAAGCAGAUGAGGACACUAAUGUGACUUUUUACCUGAUGAUAACUUUGGGCUCAGUUUCAGCUCUUUUUCUCAUCAGUAUCAUUGUGUUGAUUGCAAUGCAGUGUUCAAAGACCACAGAAUAUACUUCUAAAUAUCUACAGGAGGCUAAUUAUGAUGGAACACUGUGCCACAGCAUCCAGUACAGAUCUGGAGACAAACGGUACAUGUUAGUAGGACCCAGGAUGAGUAUAGGAUCUACUAUAGUCCCAGGAAGCCAUGCGAAUACACUCGUGCUGCCUGACAGGAGGAGAACGUGUGAAGAGGUAAGGCUACCUUUUUUUUACUGAAUUUAUAACCGUGGACAUUGAGAACAAUUAGCAUUUACUACACCCAGAAAAUGUUUUAAAAUGUUAUCAAUGCCUCUCGUGGCAUCCUUAUGUUCAUAUGAACAUAAUAUUUUUAUUAUACGUUUUUAUGGUGCUGAAUUGUAUUUGUUGUGCUAUACAUGGUGAUUCUGAACUUGCGCCAAGGGGAAAACGGCAUGUUUUGCAGCGCUGUCCAUGGU